AUGGUUUAUCUGAACAAGGUGACGGAGGGAUGUCUGGCCAACAUUGCGUGCAAGCUGGAAAUCAUGGAGCCCUGCUGUAGCGUAAAGGACCGUAUCGCCGUGAGCAUGAUCACAGACGCGGAGGAGAAGGGCCUCAUCACUCCAGGCAAGAGCGUGUUGGUGGAGCCAACGAGUGGCAACACGGGCAUCGGAUUGGCCUUCGUGGCGGCAGCAAGGGGCUACCAGCUCACCCUCACCAUGCCCGCCUCCAUGAGCCUCGAGCGCCGCGUGCUGCUGCGCGCGUUCGGGGCGGAUUUGGUUCUGACCGACCCUGCCAAGGGCAUGAAGGGCGCGAUUGCUAAGGCGGAGGAGAUUGUGGCGAAUACUGAAGGCGCUUACAUGCUGCAGCAGUUUGAAAACCCGGCGAAUCCCAAGGUGCACUUUGAGACAACGGGCCCUGAGAUCUGGGAGGGCUCGAACGGCCAUGAGGACAUUCUGGUGCACUUUGAGACAACAGGCCCUGAGAUCUGGGAGGGCUCGAACGGCCAUGUUGACGUUCUGGUAUCGGGGAUUGGCACGGGUGGCACCGUCACAGGCGCUGGAAGGUUCCUCCGGAGCAAGAAUCCGGAUGUGAAGAUCGUGGGAGUGGAGCCCAAAGAAAGCCCUGUGAUCUCAGGUGGAAAGCCAGGCCCACACAAGAUCCAGGGCAUAGGCGCCGGCUUUGUGCCGGGAGUGCUGGACGUGGGCCUUCUUAGCGAAGUGGUGCAGGUGGGCUCUUUUCUUAAAGUGUCCAGCGAUGAAGCAGUGGAGAUGGCGAAGCAGCUCGCACAGAAGGAAGGGCUGCUGGUGGGGAUUUCAUCGGGAGCAGCAGUCGUUGCAGCAAUCGAAGUGGCCAAACGGGCAGAGAACGCUGGGAAGCUCAUCGUGGUAUGUCCUGUGCCAGCUGUGAUAUCAGUGUUCUUACAGUCCAUUCUUUUUAGCGCGGGAUUGUUCCGCUUUCAGCUUCUCCUUGAUGAAGUUGUCUCCAUGCUCUUCGCUUUCUUCUGCACUGCUCUGCUAGGUGGUGCUGCCAAGCUUUGGCGAGCGGUGGGAGGGAAGGAGCACGAGCAGGAGGGAGUGGAGAGGCGGUGGGUGUGUACAAGAGAGACAGGGAGGGACAGGAGAGACACAUGGGGGGUGGAGAGGAGGGGUACAUGGGAGGGGCAGGAGAAGCACAUGGGGAGGGAGAGGGGGGAUAGAUGGGAGAGGCAGGAGAGAUGGGAAGGGGAUGGGCGGAAGCAGGGAAGGGGAUGGGGGAAAGCAGGGAAGGGGAUGAGGGGAAGUAGGGAAGGGGAUGAGGGGAAGCAGGGAAGGGGAUGGGCGGAAGCAGGGGGGUGGGGGGAAGCAGGGAAGGGGAUGAGGGGAAGCAAGGACUUGGAUGAGGGGAAGCAGGGAAGGGGAUGGGAGGACGCAGGGAAGGGGAUGGGGGGAAGCAGGGAAGGGGAUGGGGGGAAGCAGGGAAGGGGAUGUGGGGAAGCAGGGAAGGGAAUGGGGAGAAGCAGGGAAGGGGAUGUGGGGUAG